AUGUAUCCUUUCCAGCGCCAAGCCUCGGCCCCAGAAAAGAUUCCAGUACGCAUGAACCAAAUAUGCGGGCUCUUCUACUUGGGCGCCAAUAACAACAAGCAGUUCUUGCCACUUGUCGACAUUGUGGCUCACACCACCAUCCUCUCGACCACCUCGAGGACAACUCUCACCCAGACGUACUUCAACCCGUCCGAGCGCGACCCCAUUAAGGAGGUCCAGUACACCUUCCCCCUCUACGAGGGUGUCAGUGUCGUUGGAUUUACCUGCCGCAUCGGCAACCGAAUCAUUGUUGGUCAGGUCAAGGAACGGGAAAAGGCCAAGAAAGUCUUCCAUGACGCGGUCGCUCAAGGCAAACAAGCUAUUCUUCUAGAACAGCUUUCAAAUGCUUCAGAUAUCUUCACUACCACUGUAGGAAACAUUGCACCAGGAGCGAACAUCGUCGUGGAGAUCACAUACCUGGGGGAGCUGAAGCACGAUGCUGCAGUCGAUGGUAUCCGAUUCACCAUUCCUACCGUCAUCAUGCCCCGUUACGGAGACCAUCCAGUUGAUAUCGCUAAAGGAUACCUUCAGCCACCAUCCGAGGGACGCAUCCAGAUUACGGUGGAUGUGGCCAUGGAGCAGGCUAGCGUGAUCCAACAGAUCCAAUCUCCCAGUCACCCUAUUGCCGUAUCCCUGGGGACGACCUCGCUUGCACCUAACGCCGAGCCGGUGAUGUCAAAGGCGUCUGCGACCCUCAGCCUUGGGAGCGCGGGACUGGAGAAAGACUUUGUGAUCCAGGUAGUCACAAAGGACAUCGGCAUGUCGACAGCCAUCCUCGAGACCCACCCGACCAUCCCCAACCACCGAGCACUGAUGGCCACCUUGGUCCCGAGGUUCUUGCUCCCACCAGAGAGGCCCGAGAUCGUGUUUAUCUGCGAUCGCAGCGGCAGCAUGUCCGGCUCGAGGAUCGAACUCGUCAAAUCGGCCCUGAAGGUCUUCCUCAAGAGCCUUCCCGUUGGCGUCAAGUUUAACAUCUGCUCCUUUGGCGGCACAUACUCGUUUCUGUGGGGCAAGAGCCAGACAUACGACCAGAGCACCUUGAAGCAGGCCGAGAAGUACGUGGAGCGCAUGAAUGCGGACAUGGGGGGCACAGAGAUGUUGAAGCCAAUCAAGGCGACGCUGAAGCAGCGGUACAGGGACAUCUCGCUCGAGGUCAUGCUGCUCACCGAUGGCGAGAUCUGGGACCAACAGAAGCUGUUCUCGUAUCUGAACGAGCAGGUGAUCGAGAGCAAGGUUCCCAUCCGGGUGUUCACUCUCGGCGUUGGCAACGAUGUCUCCCAUGCGCUGAUCGAGGGCGUGGCCAAGGCUGGGAACGGGUUCUCGCAGGUCGUUGGCGAGGGAGAAAGGAUGGAGAAGAAGAUUGUUCGCAUGCUGAAGGGAGCACUCUCGCCUCAUGUUGUGGAUUAUUCUCUCGAGGUCAAAUACGUCGACGAAAACCGGAUGACCGACACGGAUGAGGAUGACUUUGAGCUGGUGGAGAAGGUUGCGGACAGCCUGACGGUCAAGCUGGAUCUAUCAGGCGACAAGCGGACCGAUCCCGAGCCAUCUUCAGAGAAGCAGAAGAAGCCCAUAUCCUUCUUCGACAUGUCGGUCGACCUCGACAAGGAUGCAUCCAACCACGACGAGACCGGACAAAGGAGAUACGCACAUCUACCUCCGCUAGCACCCCCGAAGCUACUCCAGGCGCCCCACAUCAUUCCGCCGCUCUUCGCGUUCAAUCGGACCAGCGUCUAUCUCCUCAUGGGCCCAGAGUGCAGCCAUCUGAAACCAAAGUCCGUGGUGCUGCGCGGGGUAUCGGCGCAUGGUCCCCUCGAGCUUGAGAUCCCGAUCCAAGUGCUCGAGACCCCAGGCGAGACCAUCCACCAGCUCGCAGCCAAGAGAGCGAUUGCGGAGCUGGAGCAGGGCCGAGGCUGGAUCACUCAGGCCAAGGACGAAGACGGUGUGCUUAUCAAGUCCAAGCACGAGAGCCAGUUCGAGCACAUGGUCGAGCGAGAAGCGGUCCGUCUUGGCGUUCAGUUCCAGGUUGGAGGCAAGUGGUGUUCGUUCGUGGCUGUUGACAGUGAACAGGACGGGGACAAAGCAAAAGAACCGGAGUUGCUCAAUGUCCUGAGUGCUGCUCCGGAAGCGCCGCCAGCGCCACCAAUUUACAGAGCAUUCCAAGCCUCAGUCCUACAUGCACAUCCUUCUCCUCCUCCACUAGGGAUGAUGGCUUAUACUAAUUCUAUUCCACACCAGCACACGCCGACCUUUGGGGCUCAAAUGGUGGCGUCUCCAGUGCUGUCGAGCUAUGCACCGCCAAUGCACGCAUCCUCCUUUAAAUCGGCUUCUAAAUCUAGAUCGAUACCUCAUAUACAUCAGAGCACGCACAUCCAGCAACAGCAACAGCAACAACAACAGCAACAGCAACAGCAGCGACUAUUCAGAAUGCAUCAAAGCCCAGCCCGGGGGUUUGGAUCGGUGCAGCCUCAGAGUUGUUCCCCUUCUAGUUUCAGAUCGGCGGCGCUGCCACAGUUUGAGACGUCAGCGGACGACGACGAGGAGAUAUCGGAUGUUAAAAUUGGCUCCCUGACUGCACAAAGCUCGGCCUUGGCCCAAUCUGCUCGGUCCAUAGCAAAGGAGCUCGUGCCUCAAUCAGCGAUCUCACGCGCGCCGACCAAGGAGACAUCGGGAAUGAAACGUAAAAAGGUAACAGGGAAACCACUCUUUGGUAGCCCCUCAGGCAGCAGUAACAACAACACACUCUUUGGCAGUGCUCCGACCAGCAGCACCGCACUGUUUGGCAGUCCUGGAGGUAAUAGUUUUGGCGGUAGUCCCGUAGGUCUCUUCGGAAGCACUGCAGGCGGUGGAAGCAGCAGUGGUAGCAAUUUGAUUGCCGCAGUGAAACCAGCAGCGCCUCAGGGCGGUGCAGCGACCUUGGCAUACUUGGUCGACUUGCAGACAUUUGAGGGAUCCUGGGCGUGGCGGUCGGAAAUGUUGAAGUCUCUCAAUGUUGCAGUGGCAGAUGCAGAUAAGAUAGCUAAGGAUAACGGAUGGGAUGUCAGGAUCAUGGCGACAGCACUGGCGGUCGUGUACUUUGAAAAGAAACUAGCCAAGGACAAGGAUACCUGGGAGCUGGUGGUCGAGAAGGCGAAGGACUGGAUGGAGCAGCAGAUCGGACACGAUGGCGUAGAAGUGGUCUUAAAGAAAGCCGCAGAACUGGUCGCACCGGGCACACCCUGA